CGCGCGACCUGGCGCCGCCGCCGCCUCCGCGCUCGUGGCCGGGACCCGCGGGGCCGCCUCGUCCCGGCUCCCGGCGCCGCUGGGCCCCGGGUCCGGUGGCAGGUGCAGCGCGGCCGCGGGCGCGGCCUGUGGAUGCGAGUUGGCCCCGACCACCGCGCAGGGGACCCCGACCGUCAUGCUAAGGUGAAGCAGCGGGCGCCGGUGCUGAACAUGCUAAGGAGACUGGACAAGAUCAGGUUCAGAGGUCACAAGAGAGACGACUUCCUGGACCUGGCCGAGUCCCCCAAUGCCUCGGACACCGAAUGCGGGGACGAGGUGCCCCUGAAGGCCCCGCGGACCGCGCCCCGGGACGGCGACGAGUUCAGGGACCCCGCGGGGCCGGGGACCCUGACGAUGGCCACCGGCGUCCAGGACUUUCACCGGACAGAGUCGGACCGGCUCAACGAGCUCAAAGGCCACCUGGAAAUCGCCCUGUUGGAGAAACACUUUCUGCAGGAGGAGCUGCGGAAGCUGCGGGAAGAGACCAACGCGGAGACGCUGCGGCAGGAGCUGGAGCGGGAGCGGCAGCGGCGGGCGGAGCUGGAGCAGCGGGUGCAGGAGGUGCUGAAGGGCAGAACCGAGGAGCAGCCCACCCAGCCGCCCCCGAAGGGACCCGCGCCGGCCGGUAACGGAGCAGAGCGCCGGAACCAGGGUCUGUACGCGCGGGUGCAGAAGUGGCUGCAGGAGCGCUUCGGCGAGUACCUGGAGGACUUCCGCUUCCAGCCCGAGGAGACCCCCGUGGAAGCCGAGGAGCCCCUGAGCGCCCGCAGGUUAACGGAGAACAUGCGUCGACUGAAGCGCGGGGCCAAGCCCGUGACGAGCUUCGUGAGGAACCUGACGGCGCUGUCCGACUGGUACUCGGUCUACACGUCCGCCAUCGCCUUCGCUGUGUACAUGAACGCCGUGUGGCACGGCUGGGCCGUGCCCAUGUUCCUCUUCCUGGCCAUCCUGAGGCUGUCCCUCAACUACCUCAUCGCCAGGGGCUGGCGGAUCCGGUGGAGUAUUGUGCCCGAGGUCACGGAGGCCGUGGAGCCGCCGAAGGAGGACCUGACCGUGUCCGAGAAGUUCCAGCUGGUCCUGGACGUGGCCCAGAAAGCCCAGAACCUCUUCGGCAAGAUGGCCGACAUCCUGGAGAAGAUCAAGAACCUGUUCAUGUGGGUGCAGCCCGAGGUGACGCAGAAGCUGUACAUCGCGCUCUGGGCCGCCUUCCUCACCUCCUGCUUCUUCCCCUGCCGCCUGGUGGGGCUGGUCGUGGGGCUCUACGCCGGUAUCAAGUUCUUCGUCAUCGACUUCGUCUUCAAACGCUGCCCGCGGCUCCGCGCCAAGUAUGACACCCCCUACAUCAUCUGGAGGAACCUCCCCACCGACCCCCAGCUCAAGGAGCGCACGGGGGCCGCCGCCGCCCGCAGGAUGCAGACGGCCUCUGCGCGCAGCUACGUGGCCAGCGCCCCCUCGGGGCUGAGCCGGGACGAGGACACAGGUCGCUUCCACGGCCCCAGGAAGGGGAACUUCCACGAGAUCUUCAACCUGACGGAGAACGAGCGGCCACUGGCCGCCUGUGAGAGCGGCUGGCGCUGCUGCCUUAUCAACAGGGACCGCAAGAUGCCCACCGACUACAUCCGCAACGGGGUCCUCUACGUGACCGAGAAUUACCUGUGCUUUGAGAGCUCCAAGUCCGGCUCGUCCAAGAGGAACAAGGUCAUCAGGCUGGUGGACAUCACAGACAUCCAGAAGUACAAGGCCCUCUCUGUGCUGCCGGGCUCAGGCAUGGGCAUUGCCGUGUCCACCCCGUCCACGCAGAAGCCGCUGGUGUUCGGUGCGAUGGUGCACAGGGACGAGGCCUUCGAGACCAUCUGCGGCCAGUACUCCAAGAUCACGGCAGCGGCCACGGCGGCCACGGGAAGCGACACUUAGCACGGCUGGACAGCCGCGGGCAGCUGUCGGCAGCGGGCAGCGACUCCCAGCACUGCUGGGCGUGUGGCUGUGGGCAGCGGUUCCCAACACGGCCGGGCACCCAGCCAGGGGCAGCAGCUCCUAGCCUGGAUGGCCGUCUC